CAGAACUGAGCUGAUGGAGAAGCAAGAUGUGGAUGGGAAUGCACCUUUGCACCUGGCUGCCAUAAACUGCCGCCCUCGUACGAUUUUUCACCUUCUAAAUGAUUGCAAGCCAAAAUGCAAACUUACAAGGAACAAUAGUGGUUUAACAGCUCUGGAUAUUGCCGAGUCAAAUCAGCAACCCAACUACAUCUUCAUGGAGAGGGUGACACUGAUGGUGUUAUUAUUCUACUUCCCAUCAAAAGAUUCUUCCAUGAAUUCUGUCUCGCCUUACCUCCCUCUUAUUUUGGAGAUCCUGAUCGAGAAAAAGAUAACAAGACGAUCAGAUCCACCAGCUGGUGACAAAAGCAAAGACUACGUCAGCACUCUUCUAGUGGUGGCAGCUCUUGUAGCAACCGUGAAAUUUGCUGCUGGUUUUACAAUACCAGGUGGCUUUAAUAGCUCUGGUUCGAACCUGGGCAGGGCAACUCUAGCCAGUGACCGAAAAAUCGUCUUUUUUAUGGUAUUUAACAUUCUGGCAAUGCAAAGCUCCAUUGUAACGAUAGCUACUCUAAUCUGGGCGCAGUUGGGCGAUCCAACACUCGUUCAUAGAUCCUUAAUUGUGGCAUUUCCAUCACUGUUUUUCGCUCUUCUCUGCAUGCCGGUGGCAUUCUAUUGUGGUGUUCUUGUUGCAUUUUCACAUGUUAAGGGGCUUGUUAUCCUCCUCAACGUUACAUCUGCGAUCUUCCUCUUUCUAAUGCUCUUUGUCCUUGGCCCUCACGUUUUUCUACAAAUACCUGGCAUUCCUGCUGUCUUUGGUGGCUAUUUCGUAUUUUUUAUUCUGCUUGUUGAUGAAGACAGCAAUGCAAAGGCGUCUCCUGGUAAGGAUCUCAUCCAAGAGAAAAAAACUAGCUAGAAGAGAGCAUUUUUUCUC